AUGGCACCCAUCAUACGUCGCACACGGUCCAAUGUUAUCCUCCUCUUUUCCUUCUUGUUCUGCACUGUGAUAUUAUACCUCAUCGUCCAAAACCAAUACCAGCUCAGGAACGCGUUAUCUUAUGCUACCCGACCACUGUGGGACUCUGAUUCUGGACCAAAAGAUAUUAUACCCCAUUAUCAUGCUGAAGGCUUGAAAGCAGAUGCCCAUACAUGCCAAUUACACGGUUGGGAGGAAAGAAGGAACAACGUCAGGGUGCUUGACGCCGUGCUCAUGAGCAGCGAACUGGAUUUGUUGGAGAUACGCAUGAACGAAUUGGACGCUGUCGUUGACUACUUUCUCAUCGUUGAAUCAAACGCGACUUUCACUGGCCUUCCAAAAGAGACGUAUUUUGCCAAGAACCGUGCCAGAUACGCCAAAUUCGAGCGGAAGAUUAUAUACCGCUUUUUGCCAGGAUACCCGUUACAACCAGGCCAGUCUGCUUGGGACUCCGAAGCACACACACGAAAUACCAUGACAACUCUCCUUCGUUCCCAUAUCGGCGGGUUUCCUUCUGGAACACAGAGUGUGGUGCUGAUGUCCGACAUUGACGAGAUACCCUCACAACAUACCGUCGAGCUUCUUAAAGCCUGCGAUUUUGGAACAUCCAUUCAUCUACAACUACGGAACUUCUUAUACAGUUUCGAGUGGUAUCUAGGCCUAUCAAGCUGGCGCGCCAGCGCCAAUCUGUGGAAUUCCGACAGCUUCUAUCGGCAUUCGAAGAGCGGUGAACGCGUCCUCGCCGAUUCAGGCUGGCAUUGUAGCUACUGCUUCAGGACUAUCCCUGAAUACGUCGUCAAGAUGCGGGGUUUCUCUCAUGCAGAUCGCAUUGGUGGUCGCAUAGACCUUCUGGAUCCCAAACGGAUCCAGAAUACCAUUUGCAAGGGAAAAGACAUCUUCGGAAUGCUGCCAGAGGCGUACAGUUACCUUGAUUUGUUCUCCCAAAUGAGCCUCGAUCCUUUGACGUCCGCCGUCGGACUCCCUCGUUACCUCCUUGAAAACGCGGAGAAAUUCCGAUUUUUGUUGCCAGGUGGAUGUGUUCGCAAAGAGUAG